ACACUGAAUAUUGCGGCUCGGGCUGUGUGUACGAUCAGGAAAAUUAAAAACUAUUUAUUUUAAUUGUUGAUAAAUUACACGUUUACAUGUUUUAAUUUUUAAAAGUACUCAUCUUUGAAAUGCCCAAUAUAUCAAAACGAAGAAAGGACGGCUCCAGAGCUAAGAUCAAGACUAUGGGUGAUCACAAGGAGUUUCUGAAGAGAAUCACUAAGACCUUGUAUUACGGAGAGCUGCCAUCUCUGCCAUGCUUGAGUCUCCCAGUCACUGAGAUCUCGUGCGAGGCGUGGUCGGCGGCGCAGCGCGGGCGCUCGCUGCGGCGCCUGCACGCGGACGCGGCGGCGCGCAUCGCCCGCUCCGCCUGCGUGUCGCCGUGCGCGCUCGUGCUGGCCAUCCUGUACCUCGAGCGCUUGAAGCGCUCCAACGCCGAAUACCUGUGCUCUGCUGCGCCCGCUGAUCUCUUCCUCAUCUCAUUGAUGGUGAGCAAUAAGUUCUUGCAAGACGAUGGGGAAGACGAUGAAGUGAUCUGCUCGGAGUGGGCGGCCUCCGGGGGACUCGACCUUAAUCAGCUCAAGAAAUUAGAAGUAGAAUUCCUUAGCGCUAUAGAUUGGAACGUGUACGUGAGUGACAAGUCCUUCGAAUCAGGCCUUCUGUGGCUGGAGCGACAAGUCGCGCUGAAACAGGCGCAAUCGCGAGGGUUCUUCACUUACUCUGACCUCGCGGCGACCUGCGACGCUACUUUAGCCGCCGCUAUAGCUAGAGACGCAAUACUGGGUCUUUCUACGAUUCUUGCACUUCUAACUUCAGCCGUGGUGUUACUACUAGCGCACGGUGUCGCGAAAACUACCCUGUCUACUAAUAUCUCCCCUGCCUCUCCUCUCAGGACCACUCAAAUCAUACCUAACCUUUCAAAUGGAUCUGUUGAAACACAAACCUACGAUACUGUGUAUGGACUGAACGAAGACUCGGUGCCAACUAACUUCGAGUGCUGCAACCAGUGGUUGAAGUACCAGGAGACCAUAGAAACGAAGAGAAACUGGUUCGACGCCGUCGUUCUUUACGACUGGAAAUCCUUCGAGCCUUGGUGGUCGAAAACAUCUGUCAUGAACUGGCUGUACCAAAGUUCGCUGAUUACUCCGAUGCAGAGAUGGCUAGAAAAGAAUAAUUUGUAUGCGGAAGUUUUCAAAAAGGACCAUAAUCCACAACAAAUACUUGGGUGCGACAGUAACAGCAGGUUCAGUGAGCGAAGAUGCGUCCGCCAAUCUCUUAAUCUUAGCAAAUUGAACGUUUUCAUGGCGUCCAUUUCCGAUCGGUAGAAUAUAUUUAUUGGGAUUAUAGUAGUGGCGAGACCGGUUGUGGCACGGAAACAAUAUUUCUUCCAUAUAUCGAUUAUGUAACGGUUCCGUGCUACAAUCUUUGCGUAACUAAAGCCAUUCUUGAUUUGUGAACGAGAAUGUGUCCGUGUUAAAGAUCCGCCUUCGUCACUUCUACAAUAUCGCCUUAAUUCUACACUAAUAUGUACGCGCAGCAAGCAAUUUUUCUUCUACUUAAAUUCCAAGUGAAUCGAGCUAAUCAAAUCAUAAAAGAUGACAAUAUCAUUUUCGCUUCAGACUCACGCUUGAGAUUUAUGGUUCGAGGAGUGUCGACAUCGAAAUUUGUUUUCAAAAUUUCUCGGCGAUGAAAAUUACUUAAAGCCACCUCGCUAUGGCGCGUUCCGAUUGGUGUAGAAUAAAAAAAAAUAAACGAAAAAAAGCAUUUUCUAUCGGAAGGGUUGUUCGUAUACUUAAUUAAAACGCCCAAAUGUGAAGCGACCAUCGAUGUGUGUAUAUACAAAGGCCUAAGGCAUAAAUACAAUCGUAAAUCAAGCUAAUUGUAAGAUUGGAUUAAUAGACGGCAAGCCAAACGCACUCAUUAUUAUUUUUCUUUUUAACGUUAUUUGAAAACUUAACCAUUUAAGUUUUAUCUUAAAAAAUUAACCUCCCAAGUAUUAGGAUUGAAAACAAUAUUAUUUAUUAUUAAUGAACGUAUUUGCGGCAUGUCUAUUAACAUCGAUGGUGCAGCAGAAUUCUGAAACGCCAUUUAACUGCUAAGCGCAUCUUAAGUAUUAACUUGUAAAAAGUAAUUGUACAAAUAACUGCUCCUGUACUGGUAAGCGACCAAUUCAUCAUUUAAAACCCUUGACAUGCGACGGGAACCAUUAUAAUAUAAGAGGUGCGUUUCAUUUAAAUCUGUAUUUCCACACUACGCGCUUCCAUCAUGGACCUGUGCCUUCUAUAGACGCAAGGUGAAGCGCACACGUGUGGACGCGUGUACAGUGUACAGGUGUUUCAGUAUUCGAGGGUGAGGAUGAGGCUAGACCGAGCGACAACUACGCAAGCAUGAUCCCUUUCCCACAGAUAAAUAAAUAUCUACCUUGUCAAUUUGUUCACAGCAGUGAUUUUUAAUACAGAUUUGUUAUUCUGUUCGUUAUCUUGGAUACGGAAGAUAAAUAUGGUCGCUACUUAACUAAUUUUCCGCGUAAAGCUAGCUUGCAAAAUUGUUCGGUCGGUCUUAGCUGACUUUCAGGCGAUAAUAUUUGUGUACUUUUAAUAUAUCCUUUCCUAUGUUGUUGUUGGAAUUGAAAUUGGAUUUGGUGAAAACACCAAUAAAAGAGAAAAAAUUAACUUGUUAAGCUCUUUAUAUUGAUUGGACGUUGAUAACUUCUUCAUCCGUUGAUCCUUCUUAUCAUUAAAACUGAACGUUUAUUGUUGUGAAACUCUUAUACUAUGUAUAUAUUUUUGUACGUGUUGUAAUUAAAUAAAAGGCAUUUUUAGAGAA